GCAGAUGCAGGAGAGAUAAAAAAGGAGAGAUCCAUCAAGACAGUUCGGCAGAGACGGAAGGAGGCGGCCAGUAAGCAUGGGGAGGGGCUUGAGCCAGACUGGGAGGGGCCUCGGAGUUCAGUGUCCUCCCACUCCAGCGGUGACGAGGGGGAGGAGUCUGUGGUCACAUGCCCCACCCCUCUGUCAGCUCUGCAUGAGAUGUCCCCGGGUCAGGCCACCACUCUGAACUUCAGGGACACUCCCGAGGGGGAGGGGGACCCCAAGGGGGGCAACACAUGCAAUGCACUCUCAGGUGGGUCUGGGCACACACACAGACACACAGACACACACACAGACACACAGACAGACACACAGACACACAGACACACACACAGCCUGGGCUCCCGAGUGGCGCAGCGGUCUAAGGCACUGCAUCUCAGUGCUUGAGGUGUCACUACAGACCCCCUGGUUCGAUUCCAGGCUGUAUCACAACCGGCCGUGAUUGGGAGUCCCAUAGGGUGGUGCACAAUUGGCCCAGCGUCGUCCGGGUUUGGCCGGUGUACGCCGUCAUUGUAAAGAAUCAUUUGUUCUUAACUGACUUGCCUAGUUAAAUAAAGGUUAAAUAGAAAAAAUGUAAACACACAGACAAUAUAAAACAAUAGAAUAUGACUUCAUACCCUAUUCUUCACCUCUCUCCCCUCUCUUCUUCACAAACAGGAGCAUUUUCGGGGGUCUCAAACAUCUUCAGUUUCUGGGGGGAGAGUCGGGGCAGUCGUGAGUACCAGGAGCUGCCACGCUGCAGCCUGCCUUCCCCUCCCCCCCUCAACACACACAUCAACAGCAUCAGCCGCAGGCAGCGCACCGAGCUGGAAAACAGACUUGACCUGUUGCAGCAACAACUCAACAGGUACAGAGACAUGCAGGUACAGAGACAUGCAGGGACAGAGACAUGCAGGGACAGAGACAUGCAGGGACAGAGACAUGCAGGGACAGAGACAUGCAGAGACAGACUGAGACAUGCAGAGACAGACUGAGACAUGCAGAGACAUGCAGGGACAGACUGAGACAUGCAGAGACAUGCAGGGACAGACUGAGACAUGCAGAGACAGACUGAGACAUGCAGAGACAGGCAGGG